AUGACCCCACGAACUCGUUCUCAGCGCGUGGCCGAGGAGGACAACGUCUCUGCCCAUGGUCAAGCAAAGCCAAAUGGCGACUCAGCUGUGACAAACAAACGACCUAUGAAGAAUGGACCGACUUGCGACAAGGACAAGGACGAAAUAGUCGCUGAAAUCGAGGUUGGAACUCGAGCCAGCAGCCGGCGCAGAGUCCCCUCCAAACGCGCUCAGGUCACAUUUUCGCCGUCAACCUCAUCUAAGACACCUGCCUUGAAGAAGCCAAAGACGAGCACCAAGAAGUGGACGCCAGAAUAUGUCACCCAGAACAAGCAGUCACCUUUGGCCAACAAGGACUUGCGGGCCCUUCUGCUGCACCCUGGCGCAUGGGAUGUGCUCGAUGACGAGGACAAGAAGGAGGUCCUCGCUCUUUUCCCGGACACAAGACAUAUCUUGAAUGCCAAUACACCCGAUGCUCGUCCAAACAUCAUGUCCCUCCAAAAUGACAACAACUUCCGCCACGACACAGAGGAGUAUGUGUCCAAUCUCAAAGCCGGCAUGCAUGAUCCUGUUUGGCUUCGAGAUGCUUGGGCCGCUCAUGAAGCCCGCGCGGCCGGUCAAUUCGACGAGUACUGCAUCCGGAGGCUUGAGGUGGACUGGAAGACAACUAUCCCUGACGAACUGAAGCCCGAGCAUCUACGACCUGCCCCUCCGACCGAGUCCAAACAGGAGGCCAAGGGUGAGCCCCAGACCGAGGGUCUGGCCUCUACCAAUGGACUUGCCAAGGAUGGAGAAGCUGCCGAUGCUGCUCAAGCGGACAGAGCUCAUGUUGCCAUUGUUGCCAAUGGCUCUAUCAAGCUGGACGAGGCCAACGGGUCCCAAGUGACGGAGAUUCAUGCCGACACCAACGGUGACGUCGAUAUCCAGGAUGUCGCGAUGGCUUCAAGUGCCGAUGAAUCUGCCGAGACCGUCACGAAUGAUUUUCAGAAAGUUUCCGUGGACAACAUUCUCGCAAAGGUGAAUAGCAACCCCGAGCAGAUGGACACUGCUCAAAGUGUAGACUGA